AUGUGGGACCAAAACAUUCGGAGUCAGUAUAUUGAGAGUGUUAAGGCUAGCCUGCAGAAAUAUGAUGAACAGUUGAAGGAUGUGAACCAGAAGAUCUGGUCCAAUCCCGAGUUGUCGUUCGAGGAAUUCGGGGCCCAUGACAACAUCUGCGCACUGUUCGACACGCUUGCUGGUGAUGGGUACCAAGUGCAGCGGAGCGUUUAUGGCAUGAAAACCGCCUUUGAAAUUGAAUACAAACACGGAGCCGGCGGGCGUACGGUGGCGUUCAAUGCGGAAUAUGAUGCUCUCCCAGGGAUUGGCCAUGCGUGCGGCCACAACCUGAUUGCCACCAGCUCGAUUGCGGCAUUCCUAGCAACUUGCGAGGCGAUGAAAGCCCUGUCCCCCCCUUCCGACGGACCGGGGUAUACUGUGCGUCUGUUGGGGACACCGGCCGAGGAAGGCGGCGGCGGCAAGACGAUCAUGAUCGACGCGGGGGCAUACAAAGACGUGGAUGCAUGUCUGAUGCUGCACCCAGUUCCGAUGGCGCCUCAGAAGCCCGAACUGUUGAGUGUAGCCAGCAUCCUGCCUGGGGGAUACAUGGCCAACGACCAGGUGACCGCCACGUUCACGGGGAAGCCGGCCCACGCGGCAGGCGCACCAUGGGAGGGGCUCAAUGCUCUGGACGCGGUGGUUGCAGCGUACGUCAACAUCUCGCUGCUCCGCCAGCAGAUCCUACCCUCCCAGCGAAUCCAUGGCGUGAUUACCAACGGCGGUGCGCGGCCCAACAUCAUCCCCAUGUCCGCCUCUGUCCUGUACUAUAUCCGCUCGCAGGACGUCAAGACGUUAAAGCUCUUAACGGAAAGGGUGGUCAAGUGUUUCGAAGCGGCCGCCGUAGCUACAGGUUGUACCCUGGACCUCAAAUGGGGCGAUUCGUACAAAGAUCUCCGAUCUAACGUCCCUAUUUGCGAGAGCUAUGUCGACACGAUGCGAGCCAUGGGUCACCUCACCCUUUUCGACAAUACUGGCCUGAAGAGCUCCCUUAGCGGUGCAUCCACGGACAUGGGAAACGUGUCAUACGAGAUCCCCGGGUUCCAUGGCGUUUUCACCAUUCCCACCGAGGGAGUCAACCAUACGCCCGGCUUCACCGCGGGGGCCGGGUCUGUAGAGGGAUACGAACGCAGUAUGCAUUGCGCGGCGGGGAUGGCAGUCGCUGCGUGCCAGGUGUUGAUUGAUGAUGCAUUCGCAGCGAGGGUCAAGGCGGAUUUCGACAAUAUUGAUUAA